AUGAUGGUGGAUCCCAAGUCGCUCGAGGAGCUGGAGCAGAUCGGAGGCGCGGCGGGCCUCCUGGAGGGUCUUGGGGUAGACCGGAAGACCGGCUUGAUCGAAGCUGGUGGAGGGGCGGACAGGGCAGGAGAUGCCAUGCGUCCUGUCGGCGCACAGUGGCAGGCGAGCAUCGAGAUGAGGCAGCAGGUUUAUGGUGUCAACGAGCUCCCAAGACAGCCGGUCAAGAGCUUGUUGCAGCUCAUGCUGCUGGCGUUCAAGGACAAGAUUCUAAUCCUCCUUACAGCUGCGGCGGUCGUAUCCCUAGUCCUCGGUAUCUACCAAGCCACCGGCGGCGAGCCCCACAUCGUCCGAGAUGCCGACUGCCCGGACGGCUGUGUUGCACCUUCUCUUGAGUGGGUCGAAGGUGUCGCCAUCGUCGUCGCCAUCGUCAUAAUCGUCCUCGUCAGCUCCCUUACCGACUGGCAGAAGAAGCGCCAAUUUCAAAAGCUCAACGACCAGCGCGACGACCGGACCGUCAAGGUCUUGCGGAACGGUCAGGAGCAAGUCAUCAACACUAAGCUCCUGGUCGUCGGCGAUGUUGCCCUCAUCGAGCCGGGAGAAAUCAUCCCCGUCGACGGCGUCUUCCUAUCCGGUUACAACGUUCGUGUCGACGAGUCGGGCGCGACCGGCGAGUCAGAUGCAAUCCGGAAAGGGACCUAUGAGGAGUGUAUGGCGGAGCGAGAUGCCAGUGGCGGUCAGGGGCGCAAGCUGGAUUGCUUUAUGGUAUCUGGAGGGAAGGUGACGGAGGGGGUGGGGCAGUAUAUUGUCAUCUCGACUGGUACCAACACCUUUCACGGACGGAUCAUGAUGUCCAUGCUGGGCGAGGCCCAAGCCACUCCUCUCCAAGUCAAACUCAACAAGCUCGCGGAGCUCAUCGUCAAAGUCGGUCUCUGGUCCGGCGGCCUACUCUUCCUCGCCCUCAUGAUUCGAUACUUUGUCGCCCUCAAAGUCGAGGCGGACCGCACGCCUGGUCAGAAGGGGCAGGACUUCAUCCAACAACUCAUCAUCGCCGUCGUCCUCAUCGUCGCUGCCGUCCCGGAGGGUUUGCCCCUUGCAGUCACCCUCUCCCUCGCAUUCGCCACCAACCGCAUGACCCGCCAGAAUCUACUCGUCCGGGUAUUGGGGUCAUGCGAAACCAUGGCCAAUGCUACCGUCGUCUGCACAGACAAGACCGGGACCCUUACCCAGAACGAGAUGACGGUCGUCGCCGGUACUCUCGGUCUCGACACUCGGUUCGCGCGGGACUUGGCAUCGUACCCUGCUCGGACCAAUACGAGCGCGGCCUCCUCACUCGAUGCCUCCGACCUCGGUCGAGCUGUCUCUGCGGAGCUUCAGCGUACUCUCAAUGAAGCUAUCUGCAUCAACUCGACCGCUUUCCGCGCGGACAACGAGGAGGGCGCUACCUUCGUGGGCAGCAAGACAGAGACCGCUCUGCUGCGCCUCGCAUACGACCUCGGCUGGGCGGAUUACCGUCAGACUCGCGAGAGCCAGCCAGUCGUUCAGAUGAUCCCCUUUUCGUCCGAGCUCAAGGCGAUGGGCGUCGUUGUCAAUCUCGGCGACAAGUAUCGGCUGUACAUCAAAGGGGCCUCCGAGGUCCUAAUCAGGAUGUGCAGUCGGUACGUCGCGGUCCAAGGCGCCGAGGAUCAGGGUACUCCGACCGAGCUUACGGACGGGGCCAUGUCUCAGUACAUGUCUACGAUCGGGUUCUACGCCGAUCAGUCCCUUCGUACCCUUGCCCUCAGCUAUCGGGACUUCGCCUCUUGGCCGCCGGCGGGCGCUGAGAUGGUCGACGAGCACACCGUCUCGUUUCAGUCGCUCGCGGGCGAUCUCACCCUCCUCACCAUCGUCGGCAUCCAGGACCCGCUGCGCCCCGGCGUUCCGGAAGCUGUAUCUCAGUGCUUCCGAGCGGGUGUAGGAGUGAAGAUGUGCACUGGCGACAACGUCAUCACCGCUCGGGCAAUCGCCAAGGAGUGUGGGAUCCUCACAGGGGACGGGCUCGUCAUGGAGGGACCCUACUUUCGCGCGUUGAGCGACUCGGAGCGACACCGGGCGGUGCCAAAGCUGCAGGUGCUUGCUAGGUCUUCGCCAGAGGACAAGAAGUUGCUGGUGCAGACUUUGCGGGAUCAGGGCGAGGUGGUUGGGGUUACCGGAGAUGGGACGAACGAUGGUCCCGCUUUGGUUCUAGCUCACGUUGGAUUUGCUAUGGGUAUCAGCGGCACCGAGGUCGCCAAGACCGCUUCGGACAUCAUCUUGAUGGACGACUCCUUCUCCAACAUCAUCGUCGCCAUCAAGACUGGUCGGUGCGUCAACGACUCGGUCCGAAAGUUCAUCCAAUUUCAACUCUCGGUCAACAUAGCCGCCAUCAUCUUGACCUUCGUCUCUGCCAUCGAGUCGCGGGCGAAACAGUCCAUUCUAUCGGCAGUGCAGCUCUUGUGGGUCAACCUCAUCAUGGACACAUUCGCAGCGCUCGCACUUGCCACCGAUCCGCCUACCGACUCGUCGCUGGAUCGUAAACCCUCGCGCUCAUCCGAACCCCUCAUCACCCCCGACAUGGGCAAGAUGAUCCUCUUCCAGGCGAUUUAUCAGUGCAUCGUCUGCUUCGUCCUCCACUUUGCUGGGCACCGGUUGCUCGGCACGAACGCGGACAGCGUCGCUGCGCAGGCGGAAUUGCGGACCCUGGUCUUCAACGUGUUUGUCUUUUGUCAGAUAUUCAACCAAAUCAACUGCCGCCGCCUUGACCGCCAGUUCAACAUCUUUGAGGGUUUCUUCCGCAACUACUGGUUCAUGGGGAUCUUCAUCAUCAUGUGUGGUGGCCAAGUCAUCAUUGUCGAGGUCGGCGGGGCAGCCUUCCAAGUCACACGUAUCUCUGGCCGAGACUGGGCCAUCAGCAUCGUCGCUGGGCUCUUAUCCUUCCCUAUCGGCGUCCUCAUCCGUCUCUUGCCCACAGACCCGUUCUAUGAGCUGUGCGUACGGUGCAAAUUCUACAAGAAGGAGGAUGGCGGCGUGCUGGCGGAGGGAUCAGAGGUGUGA